UCCCCCUUGUGAAAGGGUCACAGAGGCCAGCCGUGCGCACUUCCCCCGUCUCUUCCCCCUUCCUAUGGCGACGGCUACCUCCUUCGCGACUCCCUCCCUAACCGGUGGUAUAGCGCAGUCAAAGAAAUCUGGCCUACUGAAUGAGAAGCUCAAAUCUUUAAGUGUGUAUCAUUCUCAUUUGGCUGUUCCUAAGAAAUCGAAGCUGCAAGAUAACCGCCCAAAUUUGUUUGUCCGUGCUGAGUACAGUGAUGGUUCAAGAGGUGGAGGUGGUGAUUUUGUUGCAGGUUUUCUUUUAGGAGGAGCUAUUUUUGGAACACUGGCUUAUGUAUUUGCUCCGCAGAUAAGGAGAUCAUUGUUGAAUGAAAAUGAGUCUGGGUUUCAGAAGGCCAAGCGACCAAUUUAUUAUGACGAUGGGUUAGAGCAGAAAACUCGUCAAACACUGAAUUCAAAGAUCAGCCAGCUGAACAAUGCAAUCGACAACAUCUCCUCUCGUCUACGAGGGAGGAACAAUGUGGUCACUGAAUUUGUUGACGCCGACUCUGAAGUGGAAUCUGCCAUGUAGGAUUUCCCGUUGUUCGGUCUUUGACUAAGCUUUAAAGAUGUAGUUGCAACAUAACUUUUACAACCCAUGGCUACAUGUAUUUUUACCCUAUUCAUCUUGUUUUUUGGUUCACAUUCACUUGGAUUUAGUUUUUGAACUAGAAUUGUUGGGUUUCUUUUA